UGCACCUGGUCAAUUCCAUUGUCGGUUGCUCGACGCUACAAGGAUGCGAUGUGUGUGUUGUAAACAAGACGGUGCCGCCAAGCAAUGCAGUCGGUGUCGAAAUACCACGUACUGCAGUCGGACGUGUCAAGCUCGCCACUGGAACAUGGGCCACAAAAAAGUAUGCACGGCCAAGCCGAUGGUGUGGAUCCCGCCCGAACAUGACCUUCCUCCCAUGUUUCCAGGGCCGCCAGGGUGGAUUCAUCGCGCCGAGCAUUACAUUCAAACGCUAGGGAAGCUUCCGUUUAUGCCCAAGCUCGCGAAAAAGUACGAAGAGUACCGCGAAUGCGAAGCCCGGACCCGCUACUUACGACAUUUCUACAAGAAACAGAGGUAUGGCGUGAAUGGCCUGCUGUCGUUCAAAAGCCACGUCGAGAACUUCAUACAGCUCGGGUUUGACCUAGGUGCAAAACGACCCCCGUCGGUCUUGGACAAUGGCAUGUGGUCGUUCGAGGAGAUCGCCACGACCAUUGGGGUGCCGCCACUUGUGCCCAAGGCGGUUCGACCCGCCCUGCCGCCGCUGGUGCCUCGCUGCGUCGUGUGCAAAUGCGAAUGCACCAGCGAAUGCGCGUGCGGCGUCACGUACUGCUCGCGAGAUUGCCAGCGCCUCGACAUUGCACGGCACGCCCCACAUUGUGCCAAAGUGCACGCCAAGUACGAGUUUGCGAUCGCGUUGACGACUCGGUACUGGCAAAGCUUAGCUCCACCAGAGCGACCAAGUCUUGAUUAAAUGGCGGCUAAAGUAAAUACAAUGGAAAGCAAAUUCGUACAUACUAA